UCCCACUGGGUACUGAGAGAAAGUAAAUCACUGUUGGCAACGGCUGCACGUAAUGUGGAAAAGGAGCUGAUAUGCCCACUCUGUUGGAACAUUUACACAGAUCCUGUAACUCUGCCUUGUGGCCAUAACUUCUGCAGGAGCUGCAUUGUGAGAACAUGGGAUGAAUGGGAAGAAAUAGAAGAAGAACUUUCCUGCCCUGAAUGCAGGGAGAGAUACAGAAGGAGACCGGAAUUAAAGCUAAACCUGAGGCUGCAUAAUAUAGUAGAAAUCUGUCUUCCUUCUUCUCCAUCGCAGGGCGACACUCGUAUUCUCUGCUGUCAGUGUGACCCUCCUGUACGUGCAACUAAAUCCUGUGUGCAGUGUGAGGUCUCGCUGUGUGACUCCCACCUGAGGGAUCAUAGUGACCCAACUCAACAUUCACUUAUUGCCCCAACCCAUGACUUUGCAGGCAGGUUGUGCCCUGUGCAUCAUCAGAUCCUGGAGUAUUACUGCUGGGAGGAUUUGGCCUUUAUGUGUGAGUCCUGCAGCCUCUCCGGGGGGCACAGGGGCCACAGGGUGCAGUGGCUGGAUGAGGCGUCCGAGGCAAAGAAAGGAAAACUGACAGAAAUUAUAGACAGACUGAUCUCAGAGAAACAGAAGACUCACACAAAGAUCCAUAAUUUAGAUGAGCGCAGAAAGCAAGUGGAACAAAGAGCAGAGAGUGAGAGACAGCAAAUGACUGAGUUGUUUAGGGAAAUCAGACAGCAACUUGAUGCCCUAGAGGAGAAAAUCAUGAGAGAGAUGUAUCAACAGAAGAAGAAGGACUUGCAAAUCUUUAGUCAUAUAGAUGAACUGCAAAAAGAGAAAGGGCUGUUGGAGAUAAAGAUAGAGCAAUAUGGAAGGUUAUGUUUCAGCUCUAAUCAUGUGACUGUACUGAGGGAACAGGAAGUAGAAGCAGAAGCCUUGUGUGGCGCUGAGGAGGAGGAGGAGGACAAUGUGGCUGAUGGGAAGAAGUUCUCAGUUGUCAGUGACAUGGGCAAGUGGCUGAUCUCAGGGAAACUAAGCGCAGCUAUAGCCGAUGUUACUAAUGUUAUAGAUAAAGUGGGGAUCUAUGGGCGGGAGGCGACUGGGCUGUCACUGGAUACAGACACAGCCUCUAAUAACCUAGCGCUAUCCCAUAAUAGGAAAAGUGUGUCCCACACAGACACAAGGCAGAACCUGCCCCAAACUCCAGGGAGGUUUCAGGAGGCUCAGGCUUUAGGCACCAGGAGCUUUAGCUCAGGGAAACACUACUGGGAGGUGGAGGGCAGUGAGACUGGGGGCUGGCGUAUUGGGGUGGCCUAUCCCAGUAUAGAUAGGGAAGGGGAUCAGUCGUACAUUGGGUUUAAUAACAAGUCCUGGGCUCUAUGUAAGUUCUAUAAUAACUACUCAGUGAUACAUAAUGGGGAAAGGAAGGGUUUGGCUAUGCCCCCCUCCUGCCAGAGAAUCAGAAUAUUUCUGAAUUAUGAGGCCGGAUGUCUGUCCUUUUAUGAGCUGAGUUACCCAAUCAGAUGCUUACAUACCUUCACUGUCCCCUUCUCUGAGCCACUCCAGCCUGCAUUCUGGGUAACCAGGGGGGGGUGGCUGGGUCAGAAUCCUUAG